CCGAGUUUUCCUGGGGGGAGCUGUUGAAUCCGAGCUUCGAGCUUCUUUCGUGGGCACAUGCGCAUGAGCUUUUCGAGCUGACCGCUCGAAGUUUAUUCUCGGGGUUAUCUUUUCUCGAGAGAGUGAAGAUUUUCCCCUGCUUUUCUUGGGUUGCGCUUUCCGGGAAAAAAGAAAAGAGUUGGGUCGAUAGUGUGAGCGAGAGAUCGAGACUCUGUUUCGGCGAAAGUUCAUUAGCUUUUGUGGUGGUGGUGGUGGCAGCGGCGAACCUGUUUCUCCUCUCUUGCUGACUCGGUUUCGUUGGUGCCUGCGACUUCUCAGGUUUUGCGCGAAGGUGGGAGGAGCAAAAGUCGCGAGCUUUCCGAUUGGUGGGAGCUUUUUUUCCCCGGGGAAAGUUUUGGAUUUUCACGCUUGGAAAGCUUUCGCCUUUCGCUUUUGCUGCACCGUCAUUAUGGGGGUGAGAGUGCCGACGGCCUGCUUGCAGUGGUCGCAGCCCAUCGUUCCCCAGCCGCCGUCCUCGUCCCAGACUCUGGCCUCCGCGAUCUCUUCUCCUUCCUCGCGGCGGCGGCGGGCCCGGAGCGACGCCGGGCCUCUCCUGUGCCGGUACGUGCAGAGCCUGGAACGCUCUGCUCUGUCCGGCGCUCCUCCGUCGUCGACGGCGGCGAAGCUCCACAGGUUCCGAUCCUCCGACUACUCGAAGCCCGGAGCUCGUACUGUGAAGCGCGCUUGCAGUGCGAGCCUCGACGACGCUUUCUCCGACGAGGAGUUCUCGAAGAGGAUUCAGGAGCUGGCGCUCAGGUUUCAGCUCUCCGACGACGUUGAUGGUGGCAUGGAUAGUAUCUCUGCAGAUGCAGAGGCGGAGGCGGAGGCGGAGGCAGAGUCGGUCUCUGGCUGUGGGGAGGACGAGGUUUCUUCGAGAAUGAACAGUAGCGUCAACUUUGACUCUGAACAUAUACAACUUCCAUUGUCGAAUAUAGAGCAUAAAGAACAUCCAUGGCAAGACGAGAGAAUUAAGCUAGACUCUUCAGAUUAUGAAGGCGGUGAGGCGAUCAUCCCUGCGAAUAUCGAGCGGAGGGCGAAUAGCGUCGAUCUCCCGCUCUCGCUGAGGAUGAUCAAGAGGAAGAUGCAGUGGAAGGAGGGCUUCAGAGAGGCCGAAGAAUCGGCGUAUUGCUCUGUGAAGAAGGCCUUCGCCUCGAUGGUUUUCAUCAUCCGAGAGCUCCACAGCUUCGCUCUGCAGAUGAGGGAGGUCCUGUUUUACGAGGAUUUGCAGGGGAUCCUGGCCCGCGUGCAGCGAGAGAUGCACGCCUCUUUCGUGUGGCUGUUUCAGCAGGUUUUCUCGCACACGCCGACGUUGAUGGUCUACGUGAUGAUCUUGCUAGCGAAUUUCACGGUGUACUCGAUGGGGAGCAAUGCGGCGAUCGCAGUUGCACCGCCGGUUGGGACUUACGCUGCCGCCACAGAGAUGGCUUCCGCGGUCGAAGUUCAAGACAAUUCGCAGCAGAAGUUCGAUUCGUCGACUGUUAAGACAUUUUCGAUUCCGUCGUCAAGUGGGAAGACGACUUCGGUAGGUGGAAACAAUGGCGGGGGCGGGAAGGUUCGCCCCAUCGCCAGCGGCAUGGAUGGCGAGGGACAGUUCCAUCGGUCCGACAAUUACCCUCCGAUACUCCCCGACGGAGCCUCUCAAUUAUCCUCAUUCGGGGCCACGACAGAAGCCGAGUCGGUCUCGGGGCAAUCGAUCCGGGAAGAGGAGAUGCUGCUGUGGAACUCGAUGGUCGAGGAGGCCUCGCAAAUGCAGGCUCCCUCGAGGGACGAGGCCCUCGACCACGAGGUGACGCAGAAGUUUGUCUCGCCGGUGACGGCGAAAGCCGAACCCGACGACUACCCGGAGUAUUUCAGGACGGAGCUGACCUACCAGACCAGCCUAUAUCAGGAUCCUACCAACGCCGUCCUCCUUGUCAAUUACGCUCAAUUCCUCUACCUCGUCGCCCGCGACUACGACAGAGCCGAGGAGUACUUCAAGAAGGCGGUGGCGGCGGAGGAGCCGGCGGACGCGGAGGCGUGCAGCAAGUACGCGGGCUUCCUGUGGAUGGCCAGGAACGACCUGUGGGCGGCGGAGGAGAUGUACCUGGAGGCGAUCUCGGCGGACCCGAGCAACUCGUUCUACGCCGCGAACUACGCCCACUUCCUGUGGAACACCGGGGGCGAGGAUACGUGCUUCCCUCUCUCCGCUCCGGAGGAGGGGGAGGAGGAUCGAGCCUGCAUCGACGGUAGUGACCCCCAUGAAGCAUGACCAUCAUCAAAGUUUUUGACAAAACAUCAAAAUAAAAAAUAAAAAAGAGC